AUGGCCUCAGGUUUCUGCAAGAGCCGACCACUGGACUUGGUGUUUAUCAUCGAUAGUUCUCGUAGUGUACGGCCCUUGGAGUUCACCAAAGUGAAAACCUUUGUCUCCCGGAUAAUCGACAACCUGGACAUCGGGGCAGCGGACACGCGGGUGGCAGUGGUGAACUACGCCAGCACCGUGAACAUCGAGUUCCAUCUCCAGACCCACUUGGACAAGAAAUCCCUGAAACAGGCCGUGGGGCGAAUCACGCCCUUGUCCACAGGCACCAUGUCGGGCCUGGCCAUCCAAACAGCCAUGGAGAAAGCCUUCACAGUGGAGGCUGGAGCCCGGGGACCCAGCUCGAACAUCCCGAAGGUAGCCAUCAUCGUGACCGAUGGGCGGCCCCAGGACCAGGUGAACGAGGUGGCGGCUCGGGCGCGGGCGUCCGGCAUUGAGCUCUAUGCGGUGGGUGUGGACCGGGCGGACAGGGAAUCGCUCAGGAUGAUUGCCAGCGAACCCCUGGACGAGCACGUGUUCUACGUGGAGACCUACGGGGUCAUCGAGAAACUUUCCUCUAGGUUCCAGGAAACCUUUUGCGCAGUGGACCCGUGCAUGCUUGGCACACAUGGGUGCCAGCACGUGUGUGUCAGUGACGGGGACGGCAAGCACCACUGUGAGUGCAGCCAAGGGUACGCCUUGAAUGCCGAUAAGAAGACCUGUUCAGCCAUCGAUAAGUGUGCUCUGAACACUCAUGGAUGUGAGCACAUCUGUGUGAACGACAGAGCUGGCUCUUACCACUGUGAGUGCCACGAAGGUUACACUUUGAAGGAAGACAGGAAAGCGUGUGCAGCUCAAGAUCAAUGUGCUUUAGGGACACAUGGCUGUCAGCACAUUUGUGUGAAUGACAGAGCUGGGUCCCAUCACUGUGAAUGCUACGAGGGCUACACCCUGAGUCAAGAUAACAAAACCUGCUCAGUUCUUGACAAGUGUGCUCUGGGCUCUCACGGUUGCCAGCACAUUUGUGUGAGUGAUGGGGCCGCGUCCUACCACUGCAAUUGUCAUACUGGCUUCACCCUGAAUGAAGACAAGAAGACGUGUUCAGCCGUUCAAGAAGCAGCAAGACUCACCUCCAUAAGAGAUGCUUGUGGGUGCGAAGCCACACUGACAUUCCAGAACAAGGUCAUCUCGUAUCUGCAGAGACUGAACACCAAGAUUGAUGACAUUUUGGAGAAGUUGCAAGCAAAUGAAUAUGGACAAAUACAUCAUUAAGCUGCUCAAAAUUUUCACCCUGGCCAGUGUGGCUCAGUUGGUUGAGCAUCAUCCAAUCCACCAAAAGGUCGCCGGUUCGA